AACGAAACGCCAACAAAAACGUCACCGCCAAGAGCUGCGGAUCACUCCUUUGGCUUUAAAUUUUCGCCCUGCAGUUCAGUGAAAUCGUCGCAUCUGUUUGGAUUUUUCGCUAGAACGGGCUUAAUCGAUAGAGUUAACCUUCCGUAGAUUAGUGGAACGGUCGCGUUCAGUUGGUGUGAGCAAAAGUUCGACGUGGGUGGAGCACAAAGUUAUUUUUUAUUUAAAUUUCCUGAAGCUGAAAAAUAGUAAACAAUUCGCUCAAUAUGGUGACGUUGGAUUAGGGUUUUUGCAAAGACGAAAAUAAUAAUAAAAUAAAGGUGCAAAGGUUCAAAGGUUUAUUUUUAUUUUGAAAACCGAUAUUUACUAGCGUAAGCAACGAAUAAAAUGCUUUGCUACGAGGGCCGGCUGAGUUUGUACUGCUUCGUCAGUGCAAUCUUCAGCCUGGCGCUGCUGUGGGUCUUCUUCGAUUUGGGCAUCUUUGCCGAUCCGGAGUGGGCCGGUUUUUGGGCCCGGGUCGUCCUGCUGGCCGUGUACUACCUGGGACUGAACGUCGUCAUCUGGCUUAAGUUUGCCACCAAGGAUUAUCAGGUCGCCGUCCGGGCCACCUUCCUGGGGGCGGUGUUCGCGCUCGGAGUGGUCAUCUUCCAGGCUGGCGCGGACGAGUACCGGUCGUUCGGGGUGUACGGCACGCUGAUGGCCGUCUUCCACUACUCGGAGUAUCUGGGAAUUGCGUUCUGCAAUCCGAAAACCCUGUCGCCGGAUUCGUUCAUCUUGAACCAUUCGAUUCAUUAUGCGCUGGCGGCCGGAGCGAGUUGGUUGGAGUUUUUUGUCGAGGUGUACUUCUUUCCGGAAAUGAAAAUUCACUAUAUUUUGUGGAUUCUUGGACUGGUGCUGUGUCUGGGAGGCGAAAUUCUGCGAAAGCUCGCGAUGAUUACUGCGAGCAAGAACUUUAGUCACAUUGUCCAGUUCGAGCGCACCCAGGGCCACGAGCUGGUCACGGACGGCGUGUACGGCCUGAUGCGGCACCCCUCGUACGUGGGCUGGUUCUGGUGGUCGAUCGGGACGCAGGUGGUGCUCGCGAAUCCGGUGUGCUUCGUGAUCUACACCGUCGCCAGCUGGAAGUUCUUCCACGAUCGCAUCUUCAUGGAGGAAAUUACGCUGCUGAACUUUUUCGGUGAGGAGUACUACAAGUACAAGCAGCGAGUGCCGACGGGACUGCCAUUCAUUAGGGGGUACAAGGUGGAGCUGUGAUAUAUCGAGCGAGCCGGCGACGAGCUGCCGGACGAGGAGGAGGGCGGUGGUCGGCUUGAAGAUGGGUGGACAAAUAGCAGGGAAGAGGGGGAAGACGAGGAUGAAGAUCGCAGAAAUAUGACGGGUGGGUUCUACCACGGUCGCAAUCGGCGCUAUUCCGGUAGCUACGAUAAUUUGUACGACGAGUCGACGAUUGUUUGAGCGAGUGAGUGAGAAAUGUGUAAAUAGGAAUGAUUCUUCUUUUUUUUUUCUUUUAUACUCAAACGUUUUCGUUCCACCAAAAAGUUUGUUAGGUCGUAAAAGGAACAGUUUGCACAGUUGACGUUUAGCUUUAGAGAACUUAUUACAAAUGUUACAGUCGUAAUAAUUAAAUGAUUAUUCCAAUCAAUAAACCAUAAACUGCUGAAACUAUCAAA